GGGGAAGCAAAUGAAAUGAAACUAUAAGUUCGUAGGAGACGAUGGGAGGAGAUGCGACAGGUUAGUCUUUUGCAAGCGACGCUGAGGUUAAGCUUGUUACUUUCCAGCUGCGGUCGUCGUCCAAGAAGUAAAAGUUCCUGAUGCUUGCAAUGUCCAUCAUUGUAAUCGCCUCUGCAGCGCAUGAGCUAGCUAGGGUGGGUAAUGGGUAUGUGAGUUCCCCGCGCCCUUGGCAUAUGCAUGUACCAGCGCGGAAUUAAUUGUUGCUGGAGAAUUGCACAGACAGGCAGAAACAGACACGGAGAAACAGCCAAAUGCUACAAAAUAGCAGAGCCGCCGGGAUGCCUCCACCAGUUGGGCUCGGCUCAGCCACAAUGACACCCAGAAGAAGAACACGGUUCCCCGGAGGACCCAAGCUCUGGUGCUCCUGGAUCUGGAUGCUCGUCUUCCUCUCCUCCUCUUCUUGCUCCUCUUCUUCCUCCUCGGCCCCGCUAGUCCCCGGUCGCAACAAGAGGAGCAGCAGAGUCAUCACCCAUCUCCCUGGCUUCCCGGGACCCCUCCCCUUCCACCUCCAAACAGGGUACGAGGAGGUGGACGAGACCAAUGGAGUCCGCCUCUUCUACUACUUCAUCCGCUCGGAGCGCAGCCCCGCCGACGACCCUCUCAUGCUCUGGAUCACCGGCGGCCCCGGAUGCUCUGUCCUCACAGGCCUCGCCUACGAGAUUGGCCCUCUCAGUUUCGACCUUAAUGGGUACGUUGAUGGCCUGCCUAAGUUGGUGUACAAAAAUGAUUCAUGGACCAAGGUGAGCAGUGUCAUUUUUCUUGAUUCUCCAGUUGGUGCUGGAUUUUCAUAUUCCGACACGGAGCAAGGAUACAAGUCAAGUGACACCAAAGCUGUCAACCAAAUUCUCAUCUUCCUCAGGAAGUGGUUUGAUGAGUAUCCAGAGUUCUUGUCAAAUCCUCUAUACAUCGGCGGUGAUUCAUACUCUGGUAUGAUCGUGCCGACCGUCACCUCUGAAAUUGCCAGAGCUAAAGAAGUUGGCGGUGAACCAGCUCUCAAUCUGAAGGGCUACCUCGUGGGCAAUCCAGUCACAGAUUCCAACUUUGAUGAUCCAUCGAUAAUUCCAUUUGCUCAUGGGAUGGGUCUCAUAUCCGACGAAAUGUAUGAGGCGUACAAGAAGAGCUGCAGUGUCGGGGACAACAGCCACCAAAGCGUUGAAUGCACAAACAGCCUUGACGCCAUAGACGAGUGUGUCAAGGGUAUAUACACGAAUCACAUCCUGGAGCCACUCUGCACUUUUGCGAGUCCUCAUCCUCACAAGCCGAAGCCGAGGAUAAAUUCAGGCGCGCGGGAGAUGCUACAGCUCCAGGACUACACUGCAGAUGCGGAGAUUCACUUGUCUGAGAUUUCAUUAAAAUGCAGGACGGCAGGAUAUUUGCUGUCAAGGACAUGGGCAAACAAUGCGACAGUAAGAGAGGCUCUUGGUAUUCACAAGGGAACGGUUCCUUCGUGGAUAAGAUGCAACUACGACGUACCUUAUACUAGUGAUAUUACAAGUACGGUGAAGUACCAUCUGGAUGUCACCACUAAAGGCUACAGAAGUCUAGUUUACAGCGGUGAUCACGACAUGAUUGUACCUUUUAUCGGCACACAAGCAUGGAUUAGGUCUCUUAAUUUCUCUAUUGUGGACAACUGGAGACCAUGGUACGUCGACGGGCAAGUUGCAGGAUAUACAAGGUCAUACUCUAAUAACCUCUCAUUCGCAACUGUCAAGGGUGGUGGGCACACUGCUCCAGAGUACAUGCCAAGGCAAUGCUUUGCAAUGUUUGAAAGGUGGAUCUCUGGUGACCCCCUUUGAUGGCGUACACCGCAGCAUCAAGUUGUAGGUAGCUACUGUGUGUAUCACACUGAAAGAGAAUUGUAAUUGUUGGAAGAAAGGUUUGCAAGGAAGCUACGAACCAGCUUGAACAAGUGUGGAAGGAAGCUUGCUUUACAUGUGUCUAUGCAACUUCAUGUAGUUUGGUCUGCAAUUUAUGAAAUAAAUAAGUAUGUAGCCUAUGCUACAAAAUAUUAAAAGAA